GGUUCUUAAGAAAAAUAAGUUAUGUGGUCAAUUUGAUAUGAUAUUAUUUUUAACUCUAGGGGGUCUGGGGAGGGGGGCUGGGGGAGCUUGGAGUAAUCAGUGCUGAAACUCACUCCAUUGAGUUUCACACCCUUGUGUGCCUAGCAGGAUUCGAACACGAGACCUCUCGCUAGGCACGGUAACCUCGCAACCAGCUAGGCUGGAGUGCUUGGUUAUUAAAUGAUUCGAUAAUGUAAGAAUAAUGUAAAAAUGAUUUAAAAUCACAUAAAUUUUAUUAAAAUUAGUACUACCUUCAUCCCAAAAAGAGUUGCAAAUUUGACUUUUCUUAGUCAAACAGUCUCGUUUUGUUCACAUAAUUAGGAUGUCAAUUUUUAAUUAUUUUCUAAUUUGGAGUUUACAACUUUGAAGAGAUUUUAAUGUAGUUUUUGAAUAUGUAAAUUUUAAUUAUUAAAAAUUGAAUUAAUUAUCCAUACAGAGGGUUGACUUUUAUUAUUGGUUGAUCAAAAAAUGUUGACUUUGCAAAACAAAUUGGGACGGAGGGAGUAUGAAACAAUUUUAAUGAGACAAACUGAAAAAAAAAAUUGAUUACGGCAAUCUUUGCGGAUUGAAAGACUGAAAGAGUAUAUAAUAUUUUGACAGUAAAAAUAGCUCAUAAGAUAAUUAAAUAUUAUGCUUUUGUGUUGAAAAUGUGAUCGAAUAGUAAAAUAACUAACACUACGUAGGAAGUAUUAAAUUUAAUAAAUUUAAUUAAAUUUGACUUGCAUUCGUUGAAGAAAAGGAAGAAUUUGAACCCGGCAUCGGCGUUUGAGCUGAACUUGAGAAGAUUCGGGGAUGCGUUCAAGAGACAGCGAGAGACAUCAGAGGUCCAUGGGAUGAUUUAGAGUCAUGGUUCGAGGCUUGGAAGGUUAAAGAUUGAAGAUAGAAUCGAUCGAGAGCAAACGACAAAGAGAAGAGCAAGAAAACGGUUCAAGAGUCAUCCGCGCGCCCCACGGGCUAGUCCCGCAUGCUCCGCGGGUGAUUGUGCAAGCUAGAAGUCAAGAAGUCUGAACCGCACGGCCCACGGUCCCAGAAGCACCCGCAUAGUUGGACCGUGCGGGAUCCGCAUGUUGUGCGGGCGGAACAAAAUUUUGAUGCGCGGAACUUCCGCGUUGUCACCUGUGCGCCUCGCGGAUCACCGAGCAGACGACCUCGCAUGUUGAUUUUUGCCCCCAGGUGUCCUAUUUCGGUCCGGAUUGAUCUGUUUUCUAUUUAAACACUCCAUAAACCCCUGUUUUUGUGUUCGUACGCUCGCUCAUUUGGGCAAUAAUUUUUAGACACCUGUUGCAUGAGAGAUCAGCCUGGUUCCCUAAAUUAUUAUACUCUACGCCGCGAGAACGGUUAAAACUUAGUACUGAUAAGCGUUGCUCAUUAAAUAUUUUUCAUGUGAUUGAGCCUGAUCAGCCAGAAAUUUGAUUUCCCGGAAAUCAAUCCAUGUUCCCUAUUGUCAUUAAUUAGAAAUUCACCUUUAUUUUUAUCUGCUAUUUCGCAUUAGUUUAAUUCUUCAACAAUCAAUCUCGCACAAUUGCACUUUUUAUUUGAAUUUAGUUAAUUCCUGAUUCCAUUUUCUCGUCCAUGCGGAGACGAUACUCGUACUUGCACCACUAUUCUACUACAUAUUUAAUGUGCGAGAAAACUCACAACAAUAAUUACAUUUUUUAACUAUGUCAUUAGAUGACAGUGGGAACCUAAUGAAUAGUUCGAACAAUGUAGAUUUGAAUCUCUCGAACGUUUGUGAUAAGUUCUAGAGAGCACGUGAUUUGUUUGGCCAAAUUGUGAUCAGCGUGUACUAAUAAAAAAUUGUCAUUAGAUAUGUGAUUUUUAUGCCAUAUUAAAUGUAGUCAUAUUUUUAUGUCAUUAGAUAUUGUUCCGGUCCUAGAUCGUCCAGUCCCUGUCAUUGGUAUUAGAACAAUGGGUCUGGGGUCAGUUCCAGGUACUCGAGCGGACUGGUCCCGAUCCCAGUCCAGGUCUAGACCUGGUCUCAUUUUGUUUUUUUCGUUUCCCUCUGAUUCCAAGUCAAAAAGAAAAAAAGUGGCCCGUCCGGGACCGAAACAGAGACCGCUUGAUAUCGGUCCCCAAAUUGGUGAAUCGGGAUCAAGGGACAUGCUUGGGCGGACUAUGGGUGGUCCUGGUUCCGAACCGGAUUUUCUGGAACCUGUUCCAGACCGAGUCCACCUCUAACUAAUAGUAGUAACUUUACUCAUACUAAUUUAUGUUCAAUUGUUAUUCAUAGGUUACUAAGUUACUGUAAUAGUACAAUCACAAUACUAAAUUAUGUUCAAUUUUUAUUUUUAGGUUACUAAGUUAUCAUUAUUAUAACAAUAGUAAUUAUUAGGGAAAAAUAAUUAAAAUACCCCAAACUUUGAAGUGGUGUGAGAUAAAUACCCCAAACUUUCAUAUGAAAUUAACACAAAAAAUUAACAUUUUUGAAAGAAAUAAUGCAUGAUCAUGGUGCUAAAAUAACUUUUUAUAUAAAGUUUAGGGUACUUAAAUUACAUGUGCAAGUUUG